AUUUUUUUGAGUUUUCACAUUUUUGACAGUUUAUCAGUUUACUCCACAGGUUUACUCUUUUUUAUGUUCUCUGUGGUUUCCUUUCUUUUUGGUAAACUUUGAUUCAAUCAAACAUGCCUUCCGUUACUUUAAAGGACGUCGAUCAACACAAGUUUGUAAAAGCUUUUGCCCAGUUCCUUAAAAAAACUGGUAAACUGCGUGUCCCAGAAUGGGUUGACUUAGUUAAAACUUCUAGAGCCAAAGAAUUGGCUCCCUAUGAUCCUGACUGGUACUAUGUUCGUUGUGCUGCUGUGGUCAGGCAUAUCUACAUCAGGUCCCCCAUUGGUGUUGGAUCUGUAACCAAAAUCUUUGGUUCCCGUAAACGUAACGGAACCAAACCUUCUCAUUUUUGCCGGUCGGCAGGCAGUAUUGCACGCAAAUCAUUGCAAAGUUUAGAAGGUUUAAAACUGAUUGAAAAAACUCCCGAUGGCGGACGAAAGUUGACACAACAAGGAAGAAGGGAUGUAGAUCGUUUGGCUGGACAAAUUAAGGCUAACGAAAGGAAGGCCCUUAAAGCCAGCGCUGUUCUUACUUUGUAAUUAAGAAAAUAAAAUUUAUUAAAUUAAACUAGGUAACAAUUU